GAAUGAAAUAUUUAAAUUUUAUUAAUUUAUUUGAAUUUAUUAAAACAUCUUAUAAUUUUGUGUAGCCCUUUUGUUACCUCAUGUCCACCCAUCGUUCAUCAUCUAGACGCUCCAUAACCACCGACUCUCGUAUGCUUAUUGGCAUUAUGGCUGAUUUGGAAACGACAAUUGGGUUUUUGUUGGCAGGCAUUGGAGAAGUUUCUGGUCCAGAAUUAGACAAAAAUUUUAUGGUUGUUAAAGAAGAUACACCGGUACCGGAUAUGGAACAUUUUUUUUCUUAUUUAUGCAACCGCAAAAAUUUAGGUGUAAUUUUUUUGGGAAGUUGUAUAAUACCACAUUUGGCACAAGUCAUACCCCAUGUUGUAAAAACCAUUCCAAUUAUUUUAGAAAUUCCUACUAAAGAUACAAUUGUCCACGAAGUGGAGCGUAAGCAAGGAGCUUUAAAAAAAAUGAAAAUAAAAAGAUAGAAUAUUGUACGAGAA